AUGAAGAUUGCUUUCCCACGAUUAAAUUUUCAUGAAAAUUUGACAAAAGAUGUAACUCAUGUAGAACUAGCAAACGCCAAAACGCGAAGUCUCUCCCGCGUACCGUUUCCGAGAUAUUAUGAGGUUCCCAGUAAUUCCAUCAUAAUGAUGCAACUAGAGCCUGAAGUUUUGUUCUUAUGUGAAAGAGAAUUUAAAAAUGCGGGAAAUGCUAGAAGCCGAUUUUUUGAUUUUAAAAUUUUGAGAAGACUUUUAUAUGAUCUUAAUAUUGAAGGUCGAAAAACUUGCAUUGCUGGUAGGUCGCGAAUCAAUAAUAUGGCUAUGGAGCCAAUAACAACACAACCGAUACCGCCUGAAAAUAUCUUUCAUUACUUACCUGGAGAACAACCUGUAAGACCGUAUGAAGUAAAAGUUGGUGGGCUUUGUGGGUGUUGUUGUCAAGAUACAGUUACUGUUACAUUAACAAAUAUGCGUUUGUUAAAACGAUAUGCUGUUUAUAAAUGCUGUGGGGGUUGUAAAUGCUGUGGACAAGCCGCAAGAUUAGAUACUAUGAUAUUUCUCAAAGAUAUUGACUAUAUUCGACAAUACAAUCCAGAAACAGAGUGUACGUGUUUUGGAUUCCUUCGUCUAUUGGCUUUUAUUGUAUGCACAGCCGGUUUGGGGCUGCUUUGUUUGUGUUGUCGACGUCGUGUACAAGCCAUUGAAGCGAAAGGUGCAUUCGGAGCAGAAACAUUUCAAUUGGA